AUGCCGGCGAAGGAUCCGCCAGGCAGUCCUACCAAGUCCAGGAGCAUCACCAAGACGGUAAAUGGCAGCCAUCAGUUCAACAUCACCGGCUACUCCCUCGCCAAGGGCAUGGGAGUCGGCAAAUACAUGUCCAGCGACACGUUUACCGUUGGAGGCUUCAAAUGGGCUAUUUACUUUUACCCGGACGGGAAGAACGCGGAGGAUAACUCGCAGUACGUUUCGCUCUUCAUCGCGCUUGCGAGCGAGGGGACGGACGUCCGUGCGUUGUUCGAGCUGACGAUGCUGGAUCAAAGCGGACGGGGUCGCCAUAAAGUCCAUUCGCACUUCGACCGCGCGCUUGAAUCUGGACCGUACACGCUCAAGUACCGAGGAUCCAUGUGGGGUUACAAGCGGUUCUUCCGGCGAGCGACGCUAGAGACGUCGGAUUAUCUCAAGGACGACACGCUACAGAUCACGUGCACGGUCGGAGUUGUUGUUACUGAAACGGAGGGUCCGAAGCAGCCGGUGUCGAUACCAAUUCCGCCGUCGCAGAUGGGGAAGGAUUACGAGGUGCUUCUGUACUCGGGCGAGGGAUGCGAUGUAACGUUCGACGUUGGAGAUGAAACGGUGUCCGCCCAUAGAGUCAUCCUCGCCGCGCGCUCGCCAGUCUUGAAGGCCUUACUGUACGGACCCAUGCGGGACAGGCGGGAGGGUAACAUCCCCGUUACAGACAUCGAGGCUCCGGUGUUUAAAGCUCUCCUUCAUUUCAUCUACACCGACGAUCUCCCAAGCUCUGGGCCGUCCGCUUUUACGCCAAUCAUGGCGCAGCAUUUGCUGGCGGCUGCGGACCGCUACGCCUUAGACCGGCUGCGAUUAAUUUGCGAGUCGAAGCUGUGCGAGACGGUGGAUGCGGAUACGGUCGCGACGACGCUGGCUCUGGCAGAGCAGCACAACGCGAAGCGGCUCAAGAACGUGUGCCUUCAAUUCGCGGCGCAGAACCUCGCGACCCUCAUCACCCUCUUCCCUGUCUCCUCCCUCUCUGUCGCUAUACAGGUGUGA